CAUAGAUGUGGGUCCGACAGAGAGAGGAAUUGAUCGUACAUCUGUGUGUGUGUGUGCGAGAGAAAGAGAGAGAGAACUUGGACUCUCUGUACCAUCGACACCUAACACAAAUUUAGUUUUAUCGUUGAUGAAUCGAAGUUUGUGCUGUGCUUUCAGAUGAUCUGCUACUUGUAAUCUUGAGCUGAAGCAGGAAGUGGCUGGUAGUAGAAGGAGUUUAGAGCUUGUAGCUGGGUUGUCUUGUGCAACAUCAAUGGAGGUGAAAAUACUAGUAUUGCUUCCGAUUCUUUUGACGGGAUUUCGCUUCUUGGUAGAAUCCAAGUACAUAGCUUACAAUAAUACACAUAGAAUCGUCCCAGACAAAAUCAACGUCCAUUUGGUCCCUCACUCUCACGACGAUGUAGGUUGGUUGAAGACCGUUGAUCAGUACUACGCCGGUGCCAAUAAUACGAUUCGGGGAGCUUGUGUUCAGAACGUAUUGGAUUCCGUGAUUUCAGCACUUUUGGAUGACAAAAAUCGGAAGUUCAUCUAUGUUGAAAUGGCAUUCUUCCAGCGGUGGUGGAGACAGCAGAGCGAGGCACUUCAGACUAAAGUCAAGGAGCUUGUCAACUCCGGCCAACUAGAGUUCAUAAACGGUGGUAUGUGUAUGCAAGACGAGGCAACCCCACAUUACAUCGAUCUGAUUGAUCAAACAACUCUAGGACACCGGUUUAUCAAUGAUGAAUUUGGGCAGAAACCUAGAGUGGGUUGGCAAAUUGAUCCUUUUGGACAUUCUGCUGUUCAAGCUUACUUACUAGGUGCAGAGUUAGGAUUUGACUCUCUAUUUUUCGCUCGAAUUGAUUACCAAGACAGAGCUAAUCGAAAAGAUGAAAAGACUCUUGAGGUUGUGUGGCAGGGUUCUAAGUCCCUUGGUUCAUCUUCGCAGAUAUUCACUGGUAUAUUUCCUGAGCAUUACAGUCCUCCUGACGGUUUUUCAUUUGAAAUUAAUGAGGUGUCACCUCCUAUACAGGAUGAUGUUCUCCUGUUUGACUAUAAUGUUAAAGAGCGAGUUGAUGAUUUUGUAGCAGCUGCUGUGAAACAGGCUGAAGUGACCAGGACAAACCAUAUAAUGUGGACCAUGGGGGAGGAUUUUCGGUAUCAAUAUGCAGUUUCAUGGUUCAGGCAGAUGGACAAAUUUAUUCAUUAUGUUAACCUGGAUGGGCGUGUUAAUGCUCUGUAUUCGACUCCAUCCAUUUACACAGACGCAAAAUAUGCAGCAAAUAAACCAUGGCCUCUUAAAACGGGUGAUUUUUUCCCGUAUGCAGAUCGGGAAAAUGCAUAUUGGACAGGUUACUUUACAAGUAGGCCAGGCCUUAAAGGUUAUGUCAGAGUGUUGAGUGGUUACUACCUGGCAGCAAGGCAAUUAGAAUUCUUAAAGGGCAGGAGUAGUUCAGGUCCAAACACAGAUGCAUUAGCUGAUGCUUUGGCAAUUGCUCAACAUCAUGAUGCUGUCAGUGGUACGGAAAGACAGCAUGUGUCAGAUGAUUAUGCGAAGCGACUUUCAAUGGGCUAUGCAGAGGCUGAGGAGGUGGUUGCAUCAUCACUGGCUUUCUUGACAGAUUCAAGAUUAAGUACCAGGCCUAAGACUUCAGUCACCAAGUUUCAGCAGUGUCCUCUUCUUAAUAUGAGUUAUUGUCCACCAUCAGAAUCUGCUUUGUCUAAUCGGAAAGAUUUGGUUAUAGUUGUGUACAAUCCUUUAGGAUGGAAGAGAGAAGAAGUAAUUCGUAUUCCUGUUUCGUCUGAGAGGAUAAGUGUUCUGGAUCCUGCUGGAAAAGAAGUUGAAUCUCAGCUUCUUCCUAUCUCCAAUGUCUCUUUGAGCAUCAGAAAUUAUUAUGUCAAAGCAUAUUUGGGUGGAUCCCCAAGUGGCUCUCCUAAAUAUUGGCUUGCCUUUUUAGCAUCUGUACCUCCUCUUGGUUUCAACACUUAUAUUAUCUCACAUGCAAAACAGACAGGUUCAACAAUCUCAACAGUGUACACAUCUGAAGGAAGUAUCGAUGAUACCUUAGAAAUUGGCCAAGGAAAUCUAAAGCUGCUUUAUAAUGUAGAUGAAGGAAAGCUUACUCGUUACAUCAAUAGGAGAAAUUUGAUUACAGCAUUUGCUGAACAAUCAUACCGUUAUUAUUCAGGGUACAAUGGGACUGAUAGAGAAAAUCAGGCCUCUGGAGCAUAUAUCUUCCGUCCAAAUGGUACAUUCCCCAUAAAGUCUGAAGGCCAGGUUUCUCUAACUGUCAUGCGGGGUCCCAUAAUGGAUGAAGUUCAUCAGCAAUUUAAUUCAUGGAUGUAUCAGGUCACCAGGGUAUACAAGGAAAAAGAACAUGCUGAAGUUGAGUUCUAUAUUGGACCAAUACCUGUGGAUGAUGAAGUUGGCAAAGAAAUAACAACUCAAAUUACAACUGCCUUGAAGACCAAUAAAACAUUCUAUACGGAUUCUAAUGGGCGGGACUUCAUUAAAAGGGUUCGAAAUUACAGAGCAGACUGGGAACUGCAGGUGCACCAACCAAUUGCUGGAAAUUAUUACCCUAUAAAUCUAGGGAUUUAUGUGGAAGAUCAUAGCACGGAGCUAUCCGUUUUGGUGGACCGCGCAGUGGGUGGAUCCAGUUUGGUGGAUGGUCAAAUAGAGCUGAUGCUCCAUAGGAGGCUGAUUCAUGAUGAUACUAGAGGUGUAGGAGAGGCAUUAAACGAAACAGUUUGUGUCCUUAAUGAUUGCAAGGGUUUAACGGUUCAAGGGAAAUUUUAUCUUAGAAUUGACCCUCUAGGAGAAGGGGCGAAGUGGCGUCGGACAUUUGGCCAAGAGAUCUAUUCUCCACUUCUUUUAGCAUUCACAGAACAGGAUGGAAAUAAUUGGAUGAACUCUCAUGUCCCAACCUUUUCAGCCGUUGAUCCUUCCUAUAGUUUACCGAACAAUAUUGCAAUACUAACUCUCCAGGAACUUGAAAGUGGGAAAGUACUCCUUCGGUUAGCCCACCUAUAUGAGACGGGGGAGGAUAAAGAUUAUUCUGUAAUGACAAGUGUGGAACUAAAAAGGCUAUUCCCAAACAAGAAGAUUAGAAGGUUAACAGAGAUGAAUUUGUCUGCCAAUCAAGAAAGAGGUGAAAUGGAGAAGAGAAGACUAGUUUGGAAAGUAGAAGGCUCUUCAGGAGAGCCCAAUGUUGCGAGGGGAGGUCCUGUUGAUCCUGUAAAGCUGGAGGUGGAGCUUGCGCCAAUGGAAAUCCGGACCUUCUGUAUCGACUUUGAUUACAUAAAAAUGUGUGGGUCUUAAAAGAAGAAAGUUUCAUGACAUGUGGAUGAGAAAAUUGUUAUGUAUUCUCAUACUUCCCAGGCAUCUCCCCUCUCUAUAUGUAAGUUCUUCCCAUGAUGGCUGAAUUAAAUGGUGUAAACCCGUUUUAAGAAGGAAGAAAAUUAUUAAACUCGAAAAAAGAAAAAGAA